AUGGAGUCUUCCCCGGAAAAACGAGACUCAACUGGACUGCUCAUUAUCGCGUUCAGCACACUGAAUUUAAUCGUGUUCUUCAAAUGGAAACAUAAACAUCCGUUUCUAUUUCACCAUAUAUCGCUGUCCUUAGCGGAACUUAUCUGGGGCCUGCUGGCUGUGAUUGGCCCCAUAUUCCGAUUCUCUGAAAAGUCGUACGUCAACUGGACACUGCAGAUCUCCGUGUUCGUACACAUGGUCCCACUGGUCAAUUCAUUAAUCAUGGUAAUCAGUCUUGACCGCUGGCUGUUUGUUGACUAUCCGGCAUUCUACCGCAAAUACUGUACAAAACGCAUCAUUAUCAUCAUGAACGCUGUGACAUGGGCGGCAACGAUAGCCAUUCACCUGACCUUGUAUUUUAUUGGUCAUUCCAAAUCAUCGGUCAUCCGUAUUGUCUGUCGGGGAUUGCCACUGGUCUGGUUAGCACAAACGCCAUGGACUGUAUUUUAUACUGUGAAUUUUUAUUUUGUAUUGGCACUGUCUGGACUACCACAAAUACGCCUAAUAUAUUUGGCUGUUAAAGCUAAAUUAAAUCUUCUCAAGGAAGGAACAAGUCCAGCGGAUUGCUCAAGUGCGAAAGAGCAGCGAAUCCUAGCCAACACCAUAUUGCUGACAAGGAUGGUCAAGAGUGUCGUCGCCGGGUCAACCAUUGUCGCCGCUAGUACAACCUGUCAGAUUGUCGCCCGUAUGGUUUACCGACUGCUCUUGGACGGCGAUCAAAAUAAAACGUAUUUGGCUUUAUAUUAUUCUCUGAAUUCUGUUAAAGAUAUCUUGCCUUUUUUCUUUUAUAUGGUUUGCUAUCCGCAGUUUCGUAUGCAGUUCAAAAGUGUUGUUUGCCGAUAA